UCACUAGAAAUGCUCUCAACAAAAAGCUUAUCGCCAUGAGUCGCCGCUGGUGAGCCAUGGCUUUACAGACGUUAAUUUGUGAAUCAUCCGUCACAUGCAUCCCGACACCUGUGUUCACUUCGCUUACCAACCAUCACCAUGACACGCUUCUCCUUUGUCCUAACCAAAAAAUUGAUUGAAACCUAAACCCAAAAAUGUCCAAAAUCCCCGACGAUGUUAUCGCCGACUGCCUCCUCCUCUUGCCCGUCAAACCCCUUCUCCGUUUCCGCUGCCUCUCGAAGCCCUUCUGCUCCUUAAUCGACGACCCAGAUUUCAUCCACCGCCACCUUUCUCGUUCCCUGAAUACCAGAUCCAAUUUCAUCCUCAUCCUCCGCGACUGGAAUCUCUACACUGUUGAUUUCGACACCCUUUCGGUCGCUGCUCCCCCGACUCCCCGACUUCUCGUCCACCCUUUACAGAAAGGUGGCGGCACGGAAGCUUUUGGCUCGUGUAAUGGGCUCUUGGCGUUGCGAAACUCGGAGCGGGAUCUCGCGUUUUUCAACCCGUUAACAAGGAAAUUUAGGAGGCUGCCCGUUUCCGAGAUUGAGCUGCCGGAUAGGAAUGCGAAAGCUGGGUACGUGUUUUAUGGGUUUGCUUAUGAUUCUGUUAAUGAGGAUUAUAAACUUGUUAGAAUGGCGACGUUUGUUGCGGAAGAUGAACGGUGCGAGUCUUUUGAUUAUGAAUAUGAAGUUAAAGUUUAUAGCUUGAGAAAUGACUCGUGGAAGAUAAUCAAGGGUUUGCCUAAUUAUCUUCGGUUUUUGCAUAAACCGUUUUAUCAGGUUUUGCAUAGGAGAGGCUACGGUGUUUACGCUUGUAAUGCGUUGCAUUGGGUGAUGCCUCAUUGGCCUGAAUUAGGUGUGAAGAACUCGAUAAUAGCAUUUGAUGUUGUGAGUGAGACGUUUCGGCAAGUGUCUCCGUCUCAAUGUUGGGAUAAGAAAUCAAAUUGUGUGGUGGAUGUUGCAGCAUUAGAAGGGAGGCUAUGCGCGAUGUGUAAUUACGGACAGGAAUGUAUUGAUUUAUGGGUGAUGAAAGAAUAUGGAGUCGAGGAAUCUUGGAGUAGGAUAUUUUCGUUUCGGCCUACUAAAUGGAUAAGUAGUUUAUUGUUCUUAAGGCCUCUCGGGUAUUCGAAAGACGGGGAGAAGAUGCUACUAGAAGUGAAUGAUCAUAAGCUUGUUUGGUAUGAUUUGAAUAAAGCGAGUGUUAAGACCGUGAAAAUGCAGGGCGGUCCGAAGUCUUUUGGUGCAGAAAUAUGCGUCGGAAGCCUUGUUCCCCUCGCUGAUGACAUGGAAACUGAGAAGCAGCAGAAAGAGGCACAAGAAAAGGAAAUCACAAAGGAACAUACAGUGAUGAGGGAGGAUUUCUUAUCUGUAGGGUUCAAGCUGAAACUAUAAUCAUCACUUCUGAAAGUUAUAGAAGACGAAAACAAAGUUAAAAACAAGAUUAUAAUCGACAGGCUCAAUUUGCCUGUUCGUCGGCCUACGAGUUAUGAACGCGUGAACUUAUGGGGGUAUAGUACGGGUAAGCUAAUGCGAUUUACAUGUUUUCUAUUGGAGAGCUAUGAAGUGUAGAACUGUCUGAGGUUCAUUCUUGCAUUUCCAGUGACUAUUGACAUGCUGAUAGAUGAUAUAUGACAUGCUAAAUUUAUGCGCGGUACCAUUACUGACUUCAAAUUAAGAUGUUACAUCUCCCAUAUCAAACGGGAAUACCUUUUCUAUAAAGUUACCUAAUUGUCGUCUUCUGAUGAACUACCAAAGGUUUCGCUUAACAUCUUAAUUUGAAGUCAGUAAUGGUACCGCGCAUAAAUUUAUUUUAUUUUUUUCAAUUUGGGGCAUUUUUUGUCCAAUUCUGGAUGUAUAUUUCUACAGAAAAACGAGUUCAUUUUGUUAUUUAUGGUGGUUAGGAAUGUAUAUAGCAAAUUAGUAGGUUAAGGUUA